AUUUAUUGAACCUCCCGUCAUGACCGAUAACCCAUACCUCGCUCAUAGAAAGGACUUGAAGAAGGCUUCAUCCUCGUCUCAGCCGCUAUUAGGCUUCAUACCUCGAAAAGUAAAGGGGGAGCAGGUUCGCAAGGCUUUGGACCAUGCGACAAAUCCUUUCACAAAGAAGCCUCACACUGCACAAUACAGAAAAAUAUUAGAAGCACGCAAAAAGUUGCCCGUAUUUGCUCAGAUGGAUGAAUUCCUGGCAAUGGUAAGUAGUGUAAACUUCGAGUUCGUCUUUCAGUCCAGAAAUCACAUUCUCCCUCCUCCCUCAAGACGUUUGAAACGAUCUCUGCUCGAACAGAAAUCAUGCACUGAUAAUUGGGAUAGUUCAGCCAUAACCAAAUCAUUGUAAUGGUCGGAGAAACAGGUUCCGGAAAGACCACCCAAAUACCACAAUUUGUGGCAUUUUCCGAUUUGCCACACACCAAAGGAAAAUUAGUUGCAUGCACACAACCAUGGCGAGACAUUGCUAUAUCUAUGGCAAAGCGUGUAGCAGAAGAGAUGGAUGUUGACCUUGGCUGUGAAGUCGGUUAUUCCGUCCGUUUCGAAGAUAUGACCGAACCUGGCAAAACGUUCCUCCAAUACAUGGCUGAUGAUACGCUUCUUCGUGAAGCCAUGAAUGACCCCAACCUCACACGAUAUUCGACUAUAAUUCUCGAUGAAGCCCACGAGCGUACCCUUGCAACAGAUAUUCUCAUGGCUCUCUUAAAAGACCUUGCCAAACGUCGCGCCGAUCUCAAAAUCAUUAUAAUGUCCGCCACUCUCGAUGCACUCAAAUUCCAAAAAUACUUUGGCCUCUCGAAAAAAUCUACCGCCCCCCUGCUCAAAGUCCCCGGAAGAACAUAUCCCAUCGAGGUCUUUUACACGCAAGAACCUGAACCCGAUUACUUUGAGGCCGUUAUUAAAACUGUGUUAAUGAUUCAUCGUGCAGAAGAUCCCGGCGAUAUCCUUGUUUUCUUGACGGGAGAGGAAGAAAUUGAAGAUGCUUGUAAAAAAAUCAAGCUCGAAGCAGAUGAUAUGGUGAACCAAAACCCCGACUCUGUUGGACCUCUCGUAUGCAUACCCCUAUAUCCAUCUCUACCUCCGCAACAACAGCAGAGAAUAUUCGAUCCAGCACCUUCAACCGUAUCUCCAUCUGGACCCCCGGGGCGAAAAGUCGUAGUGUCUACCAACAUUGCCGAAACGUCGUUGACAAUAGAUGGUAUCGUCUACGUCGUAGAUCCCGGCUUCUCAAAACAACAAGUGUACAAUCCACGGAUAGGAGUAAUGUUUAUAUUGGUUACCCCAAUCUCCAAGGCUUCGGCACAACAACGGGCUGGACGGGCUGGACGAACACGUCCUGGGAAGUGUUUCCGACUUUAUACGGAGAAGGAUUUCAUACGCGAAUUAGAGGAGCAAACAUAUCCUGAAAUUCUACGAUGUAAUCUCAGCAUCACUGUUCUGGAGUUGCUUAAGCUUGGUAUCAAGGAUCUUAUACGAUUUGACUUCGUAGACGCCCCCUCUGCAGAGACGCUGAUGCGGGCACUGGCACUUCUUAAUGAUCUGGCGGCAAUCGACGACGAGGGUAACAUCACGGCUUUAGGGAGAACAAUGGCCGAGUUCCCUCUCGACCCUCAGCUUUCAAAAAUGCUCAUCGCAAGUCCAGAGCUCAAAUGUAGUAAUGAAAUUCUCACCAUCACUGCUAUGCUUUCCGUUUCUAAUAUCUGGGUUCGACCGGCUAAUGCACAAAGAGAAGCUGACGAAGCCAAAGCUCUUUUAUUGGUCCCUGGAAGCGAUCAUCUGACGCUAAUCAAUGUUUUCAAUCAGUAUCUCCAACACAAGUACGACAAGAAUUGGGCAUGGCAAAAUUAUGUUUCUGGGCGAGCUUUAGCUCAAGCAGAGAACGUUCGCGAUCAGCUUCAGCGAACGAUGGAACGACUCGGAAUAGAUGUGGUCUCGCUUUCAGGCCGAAAGGAACUUUACCAGAAUGUUCGAAAGGCGUUGGUUAUCGGUUUCUUCAUGCAGGUGGCCCACAAGGACGGUAAAACGGGCUAUUGUACGGUCAAGGACGGUCAGAGUGUUGCACUCCAUCCCUCUUGUUGCCUGAUUUCACAGCCUGAGUGGGUUCUGUUCAACGAAUUCAUUUUGACGACACGCCCAUAUAUUCGGACAAAUACUGACAUUCGGGGAGAAUGGUUACUGGAGCUGGCUUCGCAUUAUUACGAUCUCUCAUCCUUCCCUGAUAGCGGGACGAAGCGCGCUCUGCAGCGUAUUGCCAAGAGAAACGGGAAGCCCGGUGGAAUCAGUCGCGGCGGAGCACCUGCUUCAAGGAAACAGAGGAAAAGGUAAACCUCAAUACAAUGACAUCAGCGGCAGAAGCAGACGCGUUGAAUUUAUGGUUCGCUGCGUUCGCCCUCUUAGUUCAGGGCGGCAUGGCAUCGGUAUAACUUCGGUGGUUGAAGGAGCAUUCAGCUCACAUGCAACAGAAGGUGACGGAUGUAGAGUUGGAAACUGACAUCCCGAGAGAGGUCGAAGGUACUCGUAUUCAGCCCCCGGUUUGCAUCAAAGGUGUGGCAGCACGUUGAAUUUUAACUUCUCCAAUAGUCUUCAGCGUGUUGGGACUCUAGUCUGUCGAAUGACAAUCACUGUUACGCUAUCCCAGCAGAUCAUGUAAAAUACAUUGCAAAGGAACUACUUGUAGGUGCCUUAAUGGAUGGAGUAUUAUUUGGACCCUAG